AUGAUCAAAUUAAAAUUGAUACAACAUAUCUAGAAAGCUAUAAUAAUCUAAUUCCUUAUUAGCCGUUAAAAAUAUGUGCAAUUUUUGAAUCAUCAAUUCUAAUUUCUAUCAAUAUAUAUUAUUUAAUUUCCCCAGUUUUAUGAUAUUUAAGGUUAGAUUAUUGCCAAAUUUGAAUUUAUUUUACUUUUGAAGAAGAGUUGCAUCCAAAUCUUUUCCAAAAAUGUCGAUUACUGA